UUUUCGUCUAAGAAGUGUCAAUUUUGCAACGGAACUUUUGGCAAAAUCUCUCAAAAUUGUAAUUGUUUAAAUUCCGAUUUAGAAAGUCAUCUUGUGUAUACAUAGACGGUUUUAUUUUGCAGAAUUGUAACGCAAAAAUCAUUUUGUUCUCGUAUUUUUUUCGUUGUUUGUUCAUUUUACAAUUAGUCGCAAUUCGCAAUAGUUAUGGGCGCGGAUCAUCAAAUUGACAAUGUAUCGUCUGUUCAGUAUCAGGUGGACGAAAAUAGCAACACGCUGUUGAUUGAACUAUCGAAUACCACUGGGACGUAUCUCCAACAUUUGAAUGAGUACUGUCUUCUAGAUAUAUUCUCAAGCGAUUCAUUGACUUUCAUGGACCUGUGUUCACUGGCUGAAACUUGUAGACGAUUCAAACGAAUAGCUCUACGCGUGUUUCCUAAAGAAUUCACCAUUGAAACUAGUUAUGACAUGGGGAUACGCGGAUACAUUCUCAAGACGAAAAACUAUCGGAAAUUUUAUGAAAACCUGCAAGACAUCGAACGAAUUUUAAAAAAUUUCGGGACAUAUCUUUCCACGCUUUCGGUAUCCUGGGAGGAAGAUCAUGCUCUUACCGAUUUGGUCGCGAUGUAUUGCGGUGCCGUAACGCUACAGUGUCUCGACAUUGUUAAUAUGAAAAAUAUGGAAGAUCUCCAAGUGAAAUUUAAAUCGAUCAUUCAACGGCUGCUGAAACUGUCUUUUCGUCAUUGUUCUUUUCUUGAUGAUGCUGCGACACCAGCCACAGCCUCACUAAUCUGUGAUUCAUUGAUCGAAUUGCAAAUCAAUUAUUCGUAUUGGUGCGGCGCAAUUCUGCAAAAUAAUUUUCCCAAUUUGAAACGAUUGGCAUUUGUUGCGUCUGAAAUCUUUUCUGGUACAAGUGAUAACGAGAGUGAUGUCUUUUCAAAGUUUAUCGGACGCCAUAAAUGCCUCAGAUCUAUCGAUCUGAGUGCAGGAUCAGUUUGUAGCAUCAAGCUCUUACACACAAUCAGCAAUAGUUGCAAGGAAUUGGAAGAAUUGACUUUAGAAAGCUUGGACACUCCUAACAUUUCGUCGGAUUCUUGGAAUCUGCAAAAUUUGCUAAAACUCAGAAUGUUAAGCAUUGAUUUUCAUUUUCAAAUUAAUGAUCACCACAUUACACUGUUCCAAGUCUUUAAUGCGGUAGAAACGUUGAAAUUUCGACACAUGGACGAAGUUCCAGAUCAGGUCUUUGAAGCUCUAUCUCGGAUGGAGAAUUUACGUGAAUUACGUUUCACAUACAGCCUCUUGAAUUGUUUCAUUCCAUGGACAAAGUUAACACAAUUGGGGCAACUGUACCUAUACGAAUCACUUAGUGGAUUCUGUGCAUCCGACCUUUUUGACAUAGUAAGACAGCUAAUAAAUUUAGAGAAAUUCGUAUUCCUUCAGCAUCACGCGACUAGGAAUUAUUUUGUAUUGAAGAAGAGAGAUUUUUUUGAAAUUGUUAAAAUAGUCGAACAGAGACCAAAUGUACUGACACUGCAAUGUAAAUUUAAUUUUGACUUCGAGGAAUGCGAUUGUAACCGAAUCCGAAAAGUGAAACUAAUAAAUUGAGCAUUGAGAAUUGAUA